GUAGCGGGUAAUUAAGUGAUCCGCUACAAAGUGGCUUUUGUGAAUCUUUUUAAAUUUCUUCACUUUAAGUUGGCAUAAAAAACUCUUCAUAUUGUCGAGCUCACGUCCGCAGCAAUGGUUAAUGUUCAUAAAGGAAUUCUCGUCAAUGACCCUGCUAUGAAACAAUUUCUCCUACAUUUAGCAGAAAAUUUAGUUUUGGGCAAAAAUUUCGUACAUACAGAUUUAGAUGACUAUCAUUUGUUUAUCGAUGCAGAUAUUCUUAGUAAACUUCAAGAGAAAGUAGAUGGUCUGAUGGAGAGUUUAUCUUUUCCAAUGACUGUUGAAAAUGAUUGAUUUUGUUGUUCCAUUUUUGAAUGUUCACUGUUCAGUCAUCCUACACUUUCCUUGUUUUUGUAAAAAUGCGACAGUUGUUCUACUGUUUAUCAGUAUUCUGUAAAUGGCGUUAUUCCCUAUAAUCUGACUACUUAUACGUACAAUGUCGUAUUUUGUAAAUAACUAAUAUGUAAAGAUGACUUUCGAAAUAUACGGUUUUACAUUA